AAAAAAAAAAAAAAUACUUCCUCGAGUUGAAACUCCCUCAUUCCUGUUCUCUCUUGUGUUAGCUUCCCCUUUGCAAUCUUCACUCGUUCAGGUUGCCGCGCUUUUGUUUUUCUUCAAAUCACGAUAAACGUAUGAAAUAGAGCUACACGGUUCAAUUCUUCCUUCGUUCACUUCUGGAUUCUUAGCUGCUUCUUCUAGCCUUUGCGGCACUCGGUCAUCAUCUGUGCCGCAUCGCAAUUUCUGCACAGUGCCUCCGAUUUAUUGCAUUUAGUGGAGUAUAGACUAUAAGCACUUGUUUCCUACUCUGAGCUCGAUAUACCAGUUGAUACAGCAAUGGCUGUCCUGUCCCUUCCUGGUUUCACUACCUUAAAGACCAUCAUAGAAUGGUGCGUAUCGCAAUGCACAUGGAGAAACGCCGUUUUCAUAUACGUCUUGUUCAAUCUCAAGUCUGCACCGUUUUCCUGGCAUGUCCGCCUCUUCUUCCAUCUCUUCCGUCGCAUUCGCUGGCAACCGCAUGUCUACCCCGACCCCAAACUCCGAUCCGAUUCCAAGACAUGCCUGGAGCCGCAUCUCCACCCCAUAUUCAUGCCAGCCGGUUUAACUAGCCGCGCUCCACUUUGGGAGACAGACUAUAACUGCCACAAAUCGAACAGCACCUACUUUUCUGACCUCGACAUCGCCCGUACUGUUCUAGUAACGAAUCUCUACACACCCGGGUUUAGGGUCCUCCGAAAGGAGAUGGAUACGGAGGUUGACGAGCAGGGGAAACCGAAGUACCCCCGUGGUAGACUGGCAGUAAUGCUGGGUAGCGUGCACUGCACCUUUAAAAAGGAAAUCAAGCCUUAUGAACGCUAUGAGAUGCAGAGCAAAGUUGCCGGAUGGGACGAGAAGUGGAUGUAUGUUUUGACAUUCUUCCUUCGACCGGAGAAACGUAAGGGUGAGGGAAAGACGCUUCUUGCCGUGGGAGUGAGUAAAUACGUGACGAAAAAAGGUCGCUUGACUAUUCGCCCUGAGAAGGUCCUGAGAGCAAGUGGAUUGCUACCUCCACGCCCCGAUGGGGAAGUUUCAGCAACGGUGUCGUUGGAAACACCGGCUAGUGGAGAAGCAGUUAAUGUAGAAGAUGGGUUGGAGGAGUCUGCUCUCCGGGAGGUGUUGACACUCGGUGAAAGCACUAAUUUGGAUCUGGCGGUGUUGGAAAAUGAUAAGAAGGCCCGCUCCUCGUGGGAUAGUUCGAUGUGGACCUGGGAGAAAAUCGAGCAGGAGAGGCUGCGGGGGCUGGAGAUCGUGCAGGGCUUUAUCAAUAUGGACGCGAAGUUGUAUGAAGAGGCAGCGUCGGUUUUAUAACUUCCUAUGUGGGGAGAAGUUUAUGACCUUGAAUCUCCAGUAAUCGGCGCCGGACCUUUUCUGUCCUGGCUAUUACGUUUGGGAGGCUUUAUUGGUGCAGUUCAGGUUUAUUGGCAACGAGUGCAUAAACUCCGAAUAGGACAUUUUAAUUAUAUACGAAGUAACUCUUAGAUAUUCUAGAUAUGGAAUUGGAUUGAUAUUAUUACAGCAC